GGUCACUGAACUAACUGGAUAUGAACCCCAAGAUCUGAUAGAAAAAACCCUCUACCACCACGUUCAUGGCUGCGAUGUGUUCCACUUACGAUAUGCUCAUCACCUCUUGCUGGUGAAAGGCCAAGUCACCACCAAGUACUACCGCCUGCUGUCCAAGCAAGGAGGUUGGGUCUGGGUGCAGAGCUAUGCCACCAUUGUGCAUAACAGCCGUUCGUCACGGCCUCACUGCAUAGUGAGUGUCAAUUAUGUCCUUACAGAUAUUGAGUACAAGGAACUUCAGUUGUCGCUGGACCAGGUUACCAUUUCCAAGUCACAGUUUUCAUGCAGAAACUCAGUACCUACCUCGCAGGAAACAAGGAAAAUCGUGAAACCCAAAAGUAAUAAAAUGAAGGCAAAGCUCAGAACAACUCCUUACCCACAACAGCAAUACAGCUCAUUCCAAACAGACAAACUGGAAUGCAGCCAGGUGGGGAACUGGCGAUCCAGCCCUGCCGUGAACGCAGCCACCAUCCAGGAACAGAACUUCCAUUCAGAAAGCAGUGAACUUUUGUAUGCCCCACCAUACAGCCUGCCCUUCUCCUACCAUUAUGGACACUUCCCCGUAGAUUCUCAUGUCUUCAGUGGCAAAAAACAAAUGCUGCCUGCAAAGUUUGGGCAGUCUCAAGGAGCACCUUGUGAAGUGGCACGUUUUUUCCUGAGCACGCUGCAGACAAAUGGAGAGUGCCAGUGGCAUUAUGCCAACUCUUUGGUACCCAACAGCCAGUCACCAUCCAAAAACCUUCCUGAUCAGCCAGUGAACAUCAUCAGACAUAAUCUUGCACAGAGUUAUGAAGUUCCCAUAGCCAACAGAAGAUACAGCCAAGAUGCUCUGCCCGACAACUUCCCGAGCUGCACCGUGCCCGUGGCAGGCAGCAGGUACAAGGAAGAGCUCUAUGAUUCCAGCAUCAUGAAACACAACAAGAUAGAACCCAGGCUUCAACCCCCUCCCCACCUCAUUAAAGAAGAAAACAAGUUAGCUUUCAACAGAGACCUACAAGAAAAAAUGAGCAUUAAUGAAAGUCCUUUCUCAAACUCAAUUGCUAACUCCUUGCUGCCUAAGUCGGAAUGUUUCCAGUCCAAAGCUAUAGGACAACUAAGUCACCUCCUGCCAAUGCCCUCAGUGUAUGAGCAAACGAGAAGGAUUUGUAUGAAAGAACCCAAGUAUGGGCACAUUACCCACCACGCUACAAAUCUAGAUGACCUGGACAGCGAUGAGAGGAUGACUGUGAAGCUCGACCACGACCCCGAGAGCGACCGGGUGAUGGAUGUGAGACCCUCUGGACAAGUUCCCUUCGUGCUCCUAAAUUAUCACCACGUGUUAGCCAAACAUGGCACGUUUCAAACUUCGUCGUGUACAGCCACAGGACAUGUGGGAGAGAAUUAUGGCUACAAUGCUGAGGAAGUAAACACAUUUCUGUACAAAAACCAAAGUCCUUCAUCAGCUUCUUCCCCAGAAAGCCACAAGGAAUCUGCACUACCCCAUUACAUUGGAACUUCAGUAAUAAUAGCCAACGGCAGGUGA